AUGAAGCCAAUCACGUUCGAAUCGAUCCGGAAUCUGCUGAAGACGAAAAAGAAGCAGAAGGACAAAUCGAACAUCGACCAAAGCUUCAAACGGAGCGACUCGUUCAAGCGCAUCAGCAUCCGGAAGAGUUAUCUCGAGCGGGGUCGCAAACGCAACGCGGCAGCGGUACUCCGCGGUUCGACCAAAAAUCUGGUCAACAUCAAUGAGUUUGAGGAUCAGGCCACGGUUGUGAAAGGGCCGGAAAAGCUGAAGCUGCACGGUGAUGCGGAGGGCACCCAGACGAAGGAGGGGCUAGAGGUGCACGCGUCGGAGAAGCAGGGUGCGGCGUCCUCCUCCAUCACGAAGCGAGUGUCCGCACCGGAACUUUCCUUCGAGGAGAAGCUAGAAUCGAACGAUGCGUCGUUGGACGAAAAGAUUCGCGCACUGCAGGAGAUCAACGAUCGGUACAUCAAUGAGAACCGCAAUCUCGUGGAGAAGACGUACGAGGUGUCCCGGAAGGUAGAGAAGAUCAAGAUCAAGAAACCGCCCAGACCCUCGAAGCAGUCGGUUGGUGCGUCUCAGCAGCACGCUGAUCCUAGGAACGCACUCGACCACGAAGUACAAAACAAUGAUCUCAGCAGCAAAACGAUCCCGUCAGGUGCCCAGGAACGGCAGGGGAAGCUGUCGAAAGCGUCGAACGGGCAAGACACCACGGGUAGCACCGGGCGGGUGAAGAAUAUCUCACACGUUAACAUAAACGUCAGCUCGGACGCGAUCCCCGAGGAGGAUGAAGGGAACGAUGGUGGCGUGGUGCGGUGCCCGAAGAUACCGCCCGACGACACGGCGGACGACAAGUCAUUCUACAGCAUCAGCACGUUCACGAUCGAGAGCAAUACGCUUACGAACGCGGGCAAUAACAACACGAACGCGUCGUCGAAAAAAUCGUUCCGAAGCAGCUUCAGCACCGGUACGAGCAAAACGGCCACCAACGAAUUGCCCACGCUGGUUACGAUUCGGACGUACUGUGAGCCGAACUCCUUGAUGCAAUCCACUACCCACGUCAACGAGCGGUACCUGGAGACCAGCUUCGACAACUGUCCGCCGGAGCCCGACCCCGGUCGGGAGCAUAAGCCGCAGGUGAAGGUGAAGGUGGUAAAGGAAACGCCAGCACCUGUGGCAGUGCCGUGCGCCACGAAUACCGGUGAACGGCAAAGGAGUCCCUCGCGGAUUCCAAGGAUCAACACGCAAACGUUCAAAAUGAUACGCAGCAAAUCGCGCGAUGGGAUCGUAAUACGAAUCCCGGCGAUGGAUGGACAGGGGGCGGAUGGGAUCGAGCACGCGGGUUCAAAGUCGGACAGCGGUGGUCUGAAGCAGCCGGAAGAUAAUCUGAACCGACAGCUAAGCAACGAUUCCGCGCUCGAUUUGAUCGAUGUCGAUAUCAAGGUGGACGAGAAGGAUUUGCGCCACGGUUUGGGAGGCUCGACACAGAACUUGACCGGCACGGUGACGGACGGUACGCUAGAGCUGAAAAACCAAAAAAACAAAUACCGCAAGAAGGCGAAAAAGGCGACCGCGAGUAAGACGGGCACGCUGGACGUGGAAGAUGCGAGCCUGCAUACGUACAAGAGCCACGAAAAUUUUGAACUUCAGCGCACCCCGAAAGGUGGGGAUGCGGCCAGUGAGCCGAAGUUUAUCUUUCCCGGCAAUUACUUCGAGGAGGAGAACAACAUCUUCUACGAUCAGACGCUGUACGCCGAUGAGGCGGAACUGCCCUCGCCGGAGAACAGCAUACCGUACGCGCUGCGCAUCAAGGAAAAUCCCUUCACGAAGAACAAGGAGUUCUACUCGAUCAAUACCGGUCGGAUCUGGAAGCAGCUGAACCUUGGGCAGCAGCAGGAAGAGGACUCGAUACUCUCAACGGCCGGGCCACGCUUGGUGCCACCGCCCAAGGUCAAGAAUGAAUCCUUCAAAUCGAUGUCGUCCCGCGAUUCGGGCUUCAGCUUGACGCUAACGAAGCCAAAAAAUUUGUUCCGCCGCAAGUCGAAGAAGGCAACGCUGCUCCAGCGGCGCAAACCACCGAAGCUGGCCGUCAGCCGGGACGGUUACUUCAAGCGGGUAAUGGUGGUGCAGCGUAACUCGUCCAAGCGCAAGAAAUCCAUUCGCAAGCAGCGUGUCGCCGGGAAGGACAUCUUCCGCGAGCUGUACGACGAAAACUGGAGCAAGCUGGGCGACGACUUCUGUGCCGAAGCGCCCGCACCGGGAACGCUCGAACCGGAGGCACCGGACUUUGCGCGUGAUUUUGAAAAUUUUUGCAAUGACCGCCGGUACAACCAGGAAAUACACGACCUGGAAGCGUUCUACGAGGAACAUUUGAAGCGCUUGCGGCAUUACUACAUACAGAAGAAGAAGAUGAACGAAGCGGCUAUCAAGGAGUUCUACCGGGAUUAUGGGGCGGGUCGGGCCGCGAUACUUGGCACGGACGGUGCGAACAAUGGGGGAGCUGUUGGUGGAACCGUCCCUGCCAGCGUUGGUGAGCAGCAGGACGAGGAGAACGACUAUUACGACACGUUUAUAGUGACGAAGAAUGAGACGAUUCGCUUCAAGAACAAUGCACUCCAGCAGCGGUACUUUCAGCAGACGGAUGCCGGCCUGGAGUUUAUGUUUCCCCAUCCGGACAAGCGCAAAAGUGGUGCCGGUGGAUCGGGUGGUUCCCUCGGGCAGGGGAAGUCGACCAAAGCGACCAAAUCCGGCACCGGGAGUGCCCACUCGACGACGACGGCUAGUGGUCGGAAGCAACUUUUUCACGAAGUUCGCCCAUACGGAUACCCUCUGGAACCACUGACCGGUGGGGCCCACUACACCGAGGAGGAGUUCCUGCGGGACGACUCCUCGAGCCUGCUCGGCAAGCGCAAUCAGUCGGUGCACGUGAACCGCUACAGGGAGCCACCUUCGUUCGUUUACAAGCGCUCGAUUUCGGCUCCAUUUGGUGACGCAAACUUCCAGCUGACGACCGCCCCGGGAGACGAGCUGAAGCGGAUACGAUCGGCUGGUGCGAUUCAGAAUGAAAUUUCUCUGGCCAGUGUCUUCCCGUCGGUGAGCGGGGAUAAAGCUAGCAGUGCGGUGCGCCAUCGGUACAUGGGAAAAAAUAAUGAUGGAGCGGACAACGAUGAGGAUCCCGACGAAGCGGACGAUGACAACGAAGAGGAGGAUGACGAUGAAGAGUUCAGCGAGAACGAGUUCCUGAUCAACAGCUUGGGCGACAAUCUGUACUGUGUGCGGUGCGACAAGAUGAACAGUGACUGUGAGUGUUUUGAGGGGUCGGACUCGGGUUCGCCGAAGCGGAAGGACACUGGUCGUCCGGGUCGGCCCCGGUUGAAGGGUGGUGCAAAGCGGGUGUACGGCCCAAACGGUGAGGUGGUGAUAGUCAGCGAGCAGGGCGAUGACGUGCGGGACAAGCAAACCCGCCCGAACGCCAACGAAAACGGUGCGGCGAGCGGCGAAGAGGACGAUGACGAUGACGAGGAGGAGGAGGACGAGGCGGACGAGAAUGAUGAAAACUAUUGUGAUGUGUUUGACUAUAACGAUAUCAACAUCAUACACGUGAACCACAAGAAGAAAGUGAAGCGAAAAAAGUCCAAAAAACGUACCGUGCGGAAAAACCACUCGACGUUGCGGCGCGGCAGCUACUGGGGCGACAUCACUCAAAAAGGAUACGAAAAGAAGCGAACAAGACUCUUGCAGCCAUAUCUGUCCAAAAAUGUGCAGCACGGCAGUGGCGCUGGUGGUGGUGGUGGAGGAGGAGGAGGUGUAGGCGGCAGCGGGGGUGGAAAUAACCCCGGGUACGUCAAUGACAUCCAGUCGCAUCUUCAUCAUCCAGCAUCGCAACAGAAGCAGAACAUCUUUGCCUCCUCGGGCAGUGGCGGAGGAGGAGGAGGUGGGGGUGGCGGUGGUGGUGGUAGUAGAGAUAGAAAUGAUCGUACCGGCAGUGGCAGUGGUGGUGGGCAUCAUCAUUCCUCAUCGCACCAGCAACGGGAGCAGCAGCAACUGCAACAGAAUCGCACGCGUCGCAGUACGCAACGCAAAGUAACGCACAACGAGAAGCGCUAUCACUCAGCAACGGGACGUCCCGAUGUGCUGCAGCCGGAAGAACUGCUGCGGCCCGCGAUUGCCCCCAGCUCGGGCAUUCCGGUGCAUCAGCACCAGCAUCUUCUCCGUCAGCGGCACGCACUGCUCACCGCAACGCCAUCGUCCGGUUCCACAUCCUCGGGUGGUGGUGGUGGUGGUGGAAUGGGGGGUAUUAGCAUCCCCCCCGAGCACGCCACCAAGGAUCAGCAACAACAGACGUCCGCAACCACCAAAGUUGUGCCAUCGUUGGGUGGAUCGCAGCACGCACCACCGCAACAACCCGGACUGUACUCGAGCGCACUGGUUGCGGCCGCCGCCGAUGCACUGUUCAAGGCGAUGCGCAUCGCCCCGCAGCCGCCGACCGCUGCCGCACCGGACUCCGCUGUGAUAAUGCGCCCGAAAGCGUACCCAGAGCCGUCGGUGGCCGCAGUACCGCCACCGCCAGAUCCCGAAACGGAUCGGACAAGUAAUAAUCCGUCGAAUGGUGGGGCGGCCGAUGGCAAGAAUAGUAGAAAUAAUAGAAGAAUCGGACGGCACGAGAGUCGCUACACCAGUGAAGUACGCCAGGAAGCGGUACAGCAAGCAUUAGCUGCACUAAAAAAUCGCCCCAAACCUAGCUUGCCAAUGCCAUCCAAACGAAGCUCGGUGCUUAACCGCAGUCCUGAGCGCGAUCAUGACGAUUCAGACUCCAGUACGGAAGAUGAAUCCAUACCGGAGGAAGGUAUGCUGGGUAGAAUAUCCACACCGGACCGGGACAACUACAAUCUGCCCCGUGAUCACAUACUCACGCGGGAACCGAUGAAGCUGCCCUCGUCCCGGGACCAUCACCAUUCGCAGCCCCAACCACUGCCGCAGCCACCGCAAAAGCAAUCGUCCCAGCACGGUGGGCAGCAGCAAACCCACCUGGACCGGCGGCCGCCCCAAACGAUUCCAACGCAGCCGGCGAACACGCAGCACGCGACCCUGUCCGAUACGUCGAGUGCCGGUUCGCCGCCGGCCGUGCACCGGAACCACCAGUACCAGAACAAACCGUCAAGCUACGACAUUACGGAUCUGAACGAUUUCCAACCACACCAGCGUACACCGUACGCCGCACCGGACAUUACGCAGUUCAGUGCCAACACGCGGCGUGGUGCGGAUCGUGUGACGCGUUACGUGAAUCUGGCGAACCAGGAACCGGGCGAUACGAGCACUGCCGGCCGGUGGAAGGUGUCGGCGAAGAUUCAGCAGCUGCUGAACACACUGAAGCGUCCGAAGCGGCGCCCGCUGCCCGAGUUUUACGAGGACAAUGAUAUUGAGCUAGAAAUUGCCGCCAAUCCGAAGGAUCCAAAUGCACCGAAACCGGAGGGCAGCGUGAUGACACCGGUGCAGGGCGAGCAGCUGAUCGUGCCGUCGGGUUUGCCGCGUACGCUCGAAGCUGCCCUGCAACGGUACGGUACGAGCUCGUUCAAGGCACCGAUGGCGACGGUGCUGGACCCGAACGGGAAAAUGACGACAACGCUUACCUAUGGCAAGUUGCUAUCUCGUGCGCAAAAAAUUGCAUACGCUCUCUCGACGAAGGUCUUCAGCAAGGGACCGGAACAGGUAUCUCUCAAACCGGGCGAUCGUGUCGCCCUGGUCUACCCGAACAGUGACCCACUGAACUUCCUAACCGCCUGGUACGGUUGUAUGUUCCGUGGGCUCGUUCCACUCCCGAUCGAACUGCCACUCUCGAGCUCGGACUCACCGCCGCAGCAGGUUGGAUUUUUGCUCAGCUCGUGCGGUGUGCACGUCGCACUCACCUCGGAAGCCUGCCUGAAGGGUCUGCCGAAGUCAUCCACCGGUGAGGUGGCCAAGCUGAAAGGCUGGCCCCGGUUGCACUGGUUCGUGACGGAGCAUUUGCCGAAGGUGCCGAAAGAUUUCAACACUAACAACAACCGCAUCAGCGAGGACUCGAACGCGUACAUUGAGUACACGACGGACAAGGAGGGUAGCGUUAUGGGCGUUACGGUAACGCGCCAAGCAAUGAUCAACCAUUGCCGGGCGCUAACGAUGGCCUGCCACUACACCGAGGGGGAAACGAUCGUGUGUGUGCUGGAUUUUAAGCGCGAGGUCGGUCUGUGGCACAGCAUUCUCACGUCGGUGUUGAACGGUAUGCAUGUGCUGUUCAUACCGUACGCGCUGAUGAAGUUGCGACCGUCCUCCUGGAUGCAGCUCAUCACAAAGUACAGAGCCUCGUGCUGUCUGGUGAAGAGUCGCGAUCUACACUGGGGUCUGUUGGCAACGAAGGAUCACAAGGAAAUUUCGCUAUCAUCACUGCGGAUGCUGCUGGUAGCAGACGGUGCCAAUCCUUGGUCAUUGUCCAGCUGCGAUCAGUUCCUGAGCGUGUUCCAGUCGAAGGGUCUCCGACCGGACGCAAUAUGUCCGUGUGCGAGCAGCUCGGAAGUGUUUACGGUGUCGCUUCGCCGACCAGGACGGUCGGCUGCCGGCGGAUACAAUCAGUCGGCCACUGGACGUGGCGUUCUAUCGAUGUCUGCACUGUCCCAUGGUGUGGUACGGGUUGAUAGUGAAGAUUCACUUACAUCGCUCACGUUACAGGACUGUGGUCAGGUUAUGCCGAGUGCUACGAUGGUUGUGGUUAAUGCUGAAGGUUCACCGGUUCUGUGCAAAACGGAUCAAGUUGGUGAAAUUUGCGUAACUUCUGGUUCAAGCGGUACGGCGUACUAUGGUUUGGAAGGAAUGACAAAUUCCACCUUCAAGGUUCAACCACUUAUUGAAGCACCCGUCACGAAAGAUGGCGAAACAAUUCCUGGCAAACCGAUCGGCGAUGAAGUUUACGUGCGCAGUGGUUUGCUCGGGUUCCUCGGUCCGGGUGGACUUGUGUUUGUAUGUGGUUCGCGGGACGGCCUAAUGACCGUCACCGGGCGAAAACAUAACUCGGACGACAUUAUCGCGACGGUGCUGGCCGUCGAACCGAUGCGCUUUAUCUAUCGUGGCCGUAUCGCCGUCUUCAGCAUUAAGGUGCUGCGCGACGAGCGCGUGUGUGUGAUUGCCGAACAGCGACCAGACUGCUCGGAGGAAGAAUCAUUCCAGUGGAUGUCUCGGGUGCUUCAAGCGGUCGAUUCCAUCCAUCAGGUUGGCAUCUACUGCUUGGCGCUCGUACCACCGAAUCAUCUGCCGAAAACGCCGCUGGGUGGUAUCCAUCUGACCGAAGCACGUCGACGGUUCCUCGAGGGUUCGCUACAUCCGGCGAAUGUGCUCAUGUGUCCACACACCUGCGUAACCAAUCUUCCAAAACCACGCGAAAUUCACCACGAUGCCUCCGUUGGUCCGGCUUCGGUAAUGGUCGGUAACCUGGUGCAGGGUAACAGGCUUGCCUCUGCCCAGGGCCGCGAUAUCGGUCUGGCCGACGAUAACGAACGUAAGCAUCAGCUUAUUACUGGCGUGUUGCGAUGGCGCGCCAACUCAUCGCCCGAUCACGUCCUGUACACGUUGCUCAACGCGAAGGGUGCCGUCGCGAAAACGCUCACCUGCUCCGAGCUGCACAAGCGGGCGGAAAAGAUUGCCGCCCUGCUGCAGGAACGGGGCAAGGUAAACCCGGGCGACCAUGUGGCGCUUAUCUUCCCGCCCGGGCUGGAUCUGAUCUGUGCGUUCUACGGCUGUCUGUAUUUGGGCGCCGUGCCGGUCACCAUCCGGCCACCGCAUCCGCAAAAUCUCAUCACCACACUGCCCACCGUGCGGAUGAUCGUGGACGUGUCCAAGAGUGGCAUCAUCCUGUCGAUACAGAGCAUCAUCAAGCUGCUAAAGUCGCGCGAAGCGGCCACAUCCAUCGAUCCAAAGAGCUGGCCAACCAUACUGGACAUCGAGGACAACCCGAAACGGAAGCUGGCCGCAAUCGCUAACAGUACACUCGAUUCAACGGCCUAUCUAGACUUCAGUGUGUCCACCUGCGGUCGGCUAAGUGGCGUUAUCAUCACGCAUCGUUCCCUUUCGAGUCUCUGUGCCAGUCUGAAGCUUGCCUGCGAGCUAUACCCUAGUCGUCACGUAGCACUCUGUCUUGAUCCGUACUGUGGCCUUGGCUUCUCGAUGUGGACAUUGAUCAGUGUCUACAGUGGUCAUCACUCGAUACUGAUUGCACCGUACGAGGUGGAAGCCAAUCCUAGUCUCUGGCUGAGCACGCUGUCCCAGUACCGCGUACGGGAUACGUUCUGCUCGUACGGCGUAAUUGAACUGUGCACCAAAGCGCUCAGCAACUCGAUCCAGGCACUGAAACAGCGCAACAUUAAUCUGGGCUGCGUGCGAACCUGCGUGGUCGUGGCGGAGGAACGUCCACGCGUACAACUGACGCAACAGUUCUGCAAGCUGUUCCAGGCGCUCGGGUUGAAUACGCGCUGCGUAUCGACCUCGUUCGGGUGCCGCGUCAAUCCGGCGAUCUGUGUGCAGGGUGCCAGCUCGGCCGAAAGUGCUCAGGUGUACGUGGAUCUGCGGGCACUGCGCAACAAUCGGGUAGCGCUGGUAGAACGUGGUGCCCCGAACUCGCUGUGCUUGGUAGAGUCGGGCAAACUGUUGCCGGGCGUGAAGGUUAUCAUUGCCAAUCCUGACUCGAAGGGACAGUGUGGCGAUUCCCAUCUGGGAGAGAUUUGGGUCCAAUCACCGCACAACUCCAACGGAUAUUUCACGAUCUACGGUGACGAAACCGAUUACAAUGAUCAUUUCAACGCCAAACUGGUGACGGGCUGCUCGACCAACGAUACGUGGGCCCGUACCGGUUACCUUGGGUUCCUGCGGCGCACCGAGUGUUCCCAGGCCGGCUCGAUAUUGGACGAAACCACACCGAGCAUAGCUAGUCGCGAUUCGGAUACCGAAUCAAUUCACUCACAGGGUCACAACACAUUAAAUUCAACGACCAGUUCGAAUGCAGGCAACCCGACGACCGCAGUCGUGGCUGGCAACGAGCAGGAACUGCACGAUGCCGUGUACGUGGUCGGCGCACUGGAUGAGGUGAUUACGCUGCGCGGCAUGAACUACCAUCCGAUCGAUAUCGAGAAUUCGGUACUGCGCUGCCACAAGAAGAUUGCCGAGUGUGCGGUCUUCACCUGGACCAACCUGCUGGUGGUGGUGGUCGAGCUGGAUGGAAACGAAUCGGAAGCGCUCGAUCUGGUACCGCUCGUGACAAACACUGUACUGGAGGAGCAUCAGCUAAUUGUCGGUGUUGUCGUUGUCGUCGAUCCCGGCGUUGUACCAAUCAAUAGUCGCGGAGAGAAACAGCGGAUGCAUCUGCGGGAUGGUUUCCUCGCCGAUCAGCUCGAUCCCAUCUACGUUGCGUACAACAUGUAA